AGCUAGGGUCAGGGACAGUCGUCAACUUCCUGAAAUCGUCGCAAACUGUCGCAAAGCUGUUCCUCUCAGCAGGCUCAGGGGAUUUUUCAGAAAACAAAUCGGGUUGAACGCAAGCGGAGGCUGAAGCUACCCGGGUAAACAACAGCGAACGCCUCGAAGAGGCAGGAAUGGGGACUUCAUUGCGGGCCCGGAUGGAAAAUGAAGAGGAAUUCCCACCUUUCGUGAAGAAAAAAUAGAUUAAGCCAUUGCCUUUGUGAUUCGGCCAUAGGACUGUUGGCGUAGUUUGCUGUUAAAGAGAAAGAAUAGAUAAUUACAUAGGCGAAAGCCCGAUGUCGUUCGCUUUUUUGUUAGUGGUUCGGUUAAAUUGGGCCUCUGGUUUCGUGUUGUCAGCUUCGCAGCCCGUUUACUGACGGUCUUUACAGCAUUUCGCCUCUUUUAUGGUCAGCUAGCUUUCUAGCCAGCUAGUUGUUUAUUCCGGACAAGGAUACUGUUGUGUCAAGUUUAUCUAAUACGGCCAUAGUGUACUGCCGGACCUCCGAUGGGCCUUUAGGAGCCAGGGAAUCCACCCCGAGUACCACGUCUUCAGGGAACCGGUGCCGCAAUGAAAAGCGAGGUUCCGUCCAAUGGCCCGCGCCGGCAUGAGCACCUGAAGGGAGCACUGGCUAACCCUGAGCCCGUAGAAGCCGCGAAGAGCUUUCCAGCCAGUGUGGAGAUGGUGACCAAAGUGGGCAGUGAGUUUUCCCCGCUGUGUGCAGAGAGUCGGCCCCGGCCUCUGCGGGAGGUCAAUGCGGGAGGGCGGAGAGACUCGGACAGGGGCCUCAUCGGGCGCAGGAAGCGCCGGGGUCAGCAGGCGGGGCCCUCGGCCCGGGCCCUGAAGGAGGGACCUCCCACGGACGCCUCCCGCCACCGGUCUGGGCUGCUGGAAGGCCACAGCGAGGAUGAGCACAUGGCAGAGUCCUCCUUCAGCGAUUGUGUGUCCUCACCAUCCUCGAGCCUGCGCUUCGGGGAUUCCGACACGCUCAGCUCGGAAGAGGAGGUGGAGCCUAUGGUGGAGGGGGGUGGGACAGUUGCUGGGGGGGAGGAGUCGCAGCACAGAGGCAUUGUAGGUGCUGGGGGCGGGGCAUCGGGGGGUGGGCCGCGCUCCUCUCUGGGCCGGACUCGGAGCAGCCGGUUGCACAGGUGGGCACGCCCAGGGCUGGACGCCGUGUUCCCCACAAAGAGGUCCCGGCCGAGCGGCCGGCGCCCCCUCCACCGAAAGCGAUUGGCGAAAGUGGGCGUGGCCACAGCCUCGCGGACUCCAAGGCAGAAGGAGCGGCUGCUGCUGCAGCGCAGGCAGCGGGAGGUGAUCGCCCGCAGGAAGUACGCCCUGCUGCACAGCAGCAGCAGCUCCACAGAGGAGCUGAGCCGGGAUGACUCCUCCGCCACCUCCACCGAGGCUGAGGACGAGCUCUACGUUGAUGUCAGCAGCCAGCCCAGCAGCACCGCCAUGGCAACAGGUCCUUUGGACGAGGAUGUGGUGGUGAUCGAGGCGACGACAGCGCCCCCUAUACCUGCCAGCGAGGAGAUCAACGUCACGUCCACCGACAGCGAGGUGGAGAUCGUCACCGUCGGCGAUGCGUUCAGGCCUCGCUCCGGGGGGGGCAGCAGCAGGAUGACCUGGGGGCCCAGCUGCUCCCAGAUGCGUCCCCAGGAGCAGCGCGGACGCCACCGCGUCUCCACCGUCAUCCAGCCUCUCCGCCAGAGCGCCGGCGAGGUGGUGGACCUCACAGUGGACGAGGACGACCUCUCUGUAGUGCCAACUACCCCCAGCAGUGGCCACGCCCAGCUUGUUGGCUCGUCCUCUUCCUCCUCCUCCUCCUCAUCCUCUAGCCACGCGUCUACCUCAGAGCCCCCCCGGGAAGCCCCAGGGCCUUCCACCAGGCCUGGCCCUGCUCCGGACAGCACAGAGGGCAGCGCCGCUGGGGAUGCUGCCAGGCGUGGCUCCUCAGGGCUGAUGGGCGAUGGUGUGGCGAUGCCCCGCCUUCCUUCCUGCUGCCCCCAGCACUCCCCCUGCGCCGGCCCCUCCACCGGGCACCUCCCUCUCAGCCAUGCCCACUCCAGCUGCAUGCAGGCCCCGCCCACCCAACAGCUGGCGCCCCAGCAUGGCCACGGCCAGCACUUUCACCACCACCACCACCAUCACCACGGAGCGCCUGCCCCUCCCUCGGCACCACAGCUCCCCUUCCCCGAGCCCGGCUGCCCCCUGGAGAGGUCGUCUGCAGGGCCCCCACCCUGCAUUGGGGUCUCCAGCACCAGUGGCCAGUACCAUGAUCAGACCCUGCCAGUGGACCUCAGCAGCGGCAGCUCCAUGAGGACUAGCGGUGUGACCUCUGCCACCGGCUUCCACACUGCCUCUGCCUUUGAUCCCUGCUGCCCCGGCUCGUCGGCCCGGCCCCCCCUCUACGCCUCUCAGCCCGCUCCAGGGCCCAGCCAGCCGGGCGCCGCUGACUGCUUCGGGUCAGCCAUGCCAGCCCCACCCCCCGCCCCUCCCCAGCUGUCCUCCUGCAGGCACUAUAUGCACCCUACCUACGGACCCCUCAGCCGCUCCCUUCACCACCAGCCUCCAUCCUCCUGCCCUCACUCCCACGGGAACCCGCAGUCUGCUCCGCAGCCACCUCCCCAAGCUGACUACAUAAUUCCCCACUCGGUGCACCCCUUCCACACGCCCCUGCCAUCUCACGGCCCCGCCCCCGGCCACACCGUGCCCCCCACGGCCGUGCCGCCACCCUCUCUCUCCGGCCACGGCCUGUCGGGCUCCGCGGCCCCACUCCCCCAGCACCUGCCCCCCGAGCACCAGGCUCUCCACCACCACGUCCCGCCACUGGGCCCCUCGGUCCAGAGGCUGCACCAGCACGACCUGCUGCAGAGGAUGGAGGUGCAGAGGCGUCGGAUGAUGCAGCACCCCACACGGGCCCAUGAAAGGCCACCGCCUCACCCCCACAGGAUGCACCCCAACUACGGACACGGUCACCACAUCCACGUGCCACAGACCAUGUCCUCACACCCACGCCAGCCAGACCAGCGGACCACCUGGGAGCUGGGGAUCGAGGCAGGAGUGACCUUAGCCCCAUACCCCUCGGGGCACCUCCACCUCCCUCACUACCACCCGCCGCCCAGGCUGCACCACUUCCCCAUCCCGUUUGUGCACACAGGCGUUCCCGAAGUGACGUACCCACACAUCCGCUAUAUCUCAUCCAGGAUGACGGGAUUCCGGCGGACCUAUGAAGAUCUGCUGCACCUAGAAGAGAGGCUGGGCACUGUGAACCGCGGCGCCUCUCAGGGAACCAUAGAGAGAUGCACUUACCCACACAAGUACAAGAAGAGGAAGCUGCACGGGAAGCAGGAGGAAGAUGAGGGAGCGGAGGAAGACACCGAGGAGAAGUGCACCAUCUGCCUGUCUAUACUGGAGGAGGGAGAGGAUGUCAGACGCCUUCCCUGCAUGCACCUGUUUCAUCAGCUCUGCGUGGACCAGUGGCUGCUCACCAACAAGAAAUGCCCCAUCUGCAGAGUGGAUAUCGAGGCCCAGCUGUCUGCGGAGAGUUGAUGCUGCUCUCAGAAACCUCUUAUGUGAUUUUAAUUCUCUUCCUUUUCUUCCGUGCUGCAGUCAACCAAAGAUGGCAUGAAUUACCUACGCAGAUUCAAAAUGGGAAAAAACAUAACAUGUCGAGCAUUUAAACUACAGUGCCGGCUGCCACAUAGUACCCAUCCUGCUAAAAGCAUCUUCAGUGAGGAUUUUAAAUUUUGAUUAUAUUUAUAAAGCUUUUUAUGUAGCUUUUCUCCCCCUCCUGUGUCUUUUUUUUUUUUUUUGCAUGGUUCUUUGUGACGCAUUUCUUUGCACAUGUAAUGAAUUAGGCUGCUCACGGCCUAAAUACCGGCUGAGUGUGCUACUCUGGUAAAGGAAGCAUUUCUGUGUUCAUGAUGCCAUGCUUUACUGGAAUAGAAUGUCAGCUUCAUCCAUCGCAAGACUCAUUUAAAUGAUUCUGUUGGCAUAUGGUCAGUUUGAUCAUUUGGGGGUUGGGGGAAUUAACACAUUCCUUAAAAUUAGGAGGAAGACACAAACAGCUGCUGUAUUAAGUCUUUGAACCACCAUGCAGUGUCCAUUGAAUGGGAACAAUCACAAAAUAUGUAGCUUCCCAGAAAAUACACAUGCUUGGCAACCCCCCCCCCCCCCCCCCCCCCCCCCCCCC